AUGUGGACAUCAUCAGUAAUUCUCCUCACGGCGGUGUGUGUGUUGCUCGGACAAGCCCGUUACUUGGCUCAUCGCGAUGCACAACAAGAUUGCAAGGGUGGCGUCAGCGUGGACGUUGAGUCGAAGGCCCCGGAGGAGUGCAGGAAGGCACUCACUGUAGUCAGCCAGAUCCGAAUUUAUCUCGAGAUUGCAAUCGACUCUCAGACAGAAUAUCGGUUCCUCAACGAGAAAGAUUUGCAAAUCUUGUCUGUCGUCAGGGACUUCUCUGUUAACAAGAUGUUGACGUACAAGAUCAUUACCCUAAUAUCACCGGGUGUUUGCGAAGAAGUGGAAAUCUGCAAUGGCCCACUGGUAUGUGCUACGGAAUAUUGUAUUGUGAGAAAACCGGAGCGAGUCACGUGUCCGGAACUUCUGCCAUCGUGCCCAUUAGUGCGUUAG